CGGUGUAGCUCGGCCGAGUCUCCCCCUCCUUGUAGUGUGAUUGUCAGGUACAACAUGUCAGACGGAGAGAUCAAACCAAUCCUACGCAAUGCCAAACUUAGUUGCCUGGGCGAGUCUAGAUAUAAAACGCAGAAAUGGCCGGACAGGUCAAGAUGAAAGUCACAAAGACCUUUUCAUCG